UGAAAGAAAUAGAAGCAGUUCUUAACACAAGACCCUUAACUUACGUAGAUUCAGAGCCUGAUCAUGUAUUGAAACCUUCAGACUUUCUUACCAUGGGAAAGUGUAUCAUUAUGGAAACUUCAGAUAAGGAUCCUACAACGUCGCAAGGGACGGUGACUAAGGACAAUUUAAUCAAAGGUUGGAAGAAAGCACGGAUAAUUCUACGAGAAUUUAAAGAGAUGUUUGAGAACCGGUAUCUCCUAAAUUUGAGAGAAAGAUAUUCCCACCAUCCUAAAGAACCUAGGGUAACAUCUAAGUUAGCACCGAAGAUAGGUCAAAUCGUGCAGAUUAAAGGUGACACGAAGAACAGGAUAAAUUGGAAAGUUGGGAAAAUAGUAUCUUUGAAAGAAGGGGCCGACGGUUUAUGUAGGGUCGCCAAGGUACGUGUAGGAGAUACAGAGUAUACAAGAUCUAUCGCGCAUCUCUACCCGUUAGAGAUCGAAGAUGGAGAAGAACAGUGUAAACAAACAUCAUCUUAUGAAGAAAGUGUAGAAGAACUAGUGCAGCUUCCUGAUCUUCCACGUCUAUCAGGCAAGGAGGACGUGACGGUGGAGUCCCUCAAAGACGUUGCAGAGUCUCCAUCUGAGCAGAGAUUAACUCAAGAAGUAGCUAGAGAUCAGCCAGAAGAAGAAGUACAGCCUCAUGCCUCGCCAGUAGAGGAAGAGUGUUCCUCUAAACAAAUAGUAGAGUCUAGGUCUAGUGAGUUAAACGAGCCUAAGCCUAAGUCUAUGUCCGAACCAGAGCCACUCGCGGUCGUCGACCUCGAGUUUUACGACCACACUGAUCCCGAGUCACACCACCUGGAGGAAGUUACGUCAGAAGGACAACACGAAGAAUCAAGACCUAAGAGAGCGGCAGCUCUCCGAGCCCUUGAGAAGAUCAAGGAGUGGACCAGCAAUCUAGUCGCCGUGCUUCUGCCUGAGGGGGGGAGUGUCGCGACAGACGCGAAUAUCUAAAGCCACAAUACGAAUUUCCUAGCGGCAACACUGAACAGCGCCCUCUGGGUGGAACUGUGAUCUCGGGGUGAUACAACCAACCUCCAUAAGUAAAGCGAAGCAGAAGGAGGCUCCUCUGGCCCAGGAGAAGUGGAUCAGAGAGAGCUAGGAUAAAGAAUCCUUCAUAGGAAU